GAGAGCGAGCAGCGCGGCCAGAGGACUACCAGCACUAUACGCAGCGGACAGAAAGUGGAAGGCGAAAAAUAACUCGAAGCGACAGCUCUCCGUAUGCCAAUGUUCAAAAAUAUACAAUUCCGAUAGAGGCCAAGGGAGCGAGAAUCAGACGCAGAAAAUUUGAGCUUUGGUCAUCUAAAAGAGGAGUCAUAAAGAUGUCGUCUCCAAGUCCGGGCAAAAGACGAAUGGACACCGACGUGGUGAAACUCAUUGAGAGUAAACAUGAAGUCACAAUCCUAAGUGGACUCAACGAAUUUGUAGUGAAGUUUUAUGGACCACAAGGAACACCGUAUGAAGGAGGCGUCUGGAAGGUGCGAGUAGAUCUUCCAGACAAAUAUCCCUUCAAAUCGCCAUCUAUAGGAUUUAUGAAUAAGAUUUUUCAUCCAAACAUCGAUGAAGCGUCAGGAACCGUUUGUUUAGAUGUGAUUAACCAGACAUGGACCGCUCUAUAUGAUCUCACCAAUAUCUUUGAGUCAUUUUUGCCACAGUUGCUGGCCUACCCGAACCCCAUCGACCCUCUGAACGGGGAUGCAGCAGCCAUGUACCUGCACCGGCCAGAGGACUACAAACAGAAAAUCAAAGAAUACAUCCAGAAAUAUGCAACAGAGGAGGCUCUGAAAGAGCAGGAGGAAGGAGCAGGUGACUCCUCUUCAGAAAGCUCCAUGUCUGACUUUUCAGAGGAUGAAGCUCAGGACAUGGAGUUGUAGUUAAGGGCGACAGUUCCUCCCCUUUACCACAGAGACUAUAUGAUUUCCUAACCAUGCGAAGCAGACUAUAAAAGAUUCAUAUUUAAACAAGGUGAUUUUUUUUUUAUCGUUAUUAUUACUAAACCAGGAUUUUUAUGGAUAUCUAGCAUUGACGAUGAAUAAGGCACCCUCUUUAGGUGUGCUAUCUCUACUUCUUGGUGGUUGUUUUUUUUCUCUCUUUCACCCUCUCACUCGCUCUCUCCAUCACCCCACCAAAAGAAAGGCUUGUAGUGUUUCUCGCUUGAUUCCACAUUGGUAGCUGCAUAGCUGGAAUGCAUGUCAUCACCUCCCUAAUCCACCUUUUUCCGACGCAGACUGAUGGACUAAACGGGCCUACUGAUGCCGAGGCUGUUAUUUAUGUGGGGGUGCCCAUUUUCCCCUUGUGAUGUUACUAACGUACCAGAGACAACCGAGGGGUCUGGUUUCACUCUAAUAUGAGUCCCCUCAGCUUAGACCUAUUGCAAGGACAGUCUUCAGCUUGUCUUCAGGAUGCAAUUGGACGUAUUUUGCCAGACAUACUUCUCAUUUCCUCCCUCCUCAAUGAUUUGAUUGAUUUAUUUAUUUUUUAUCAUUCCCGCACAAGUCAUUUUGAAUUAUCGUUGCUUCCCUGGUUGUCCUGUUUGUUUAUUCUUUAUUGUUUUCUCUUUAAAAUGUUUUUUUCUUUCUUUUUUUUUUUAUUAAGAUGCAAGCGCCAAAAGAGGAAUGGCAGAUUCAGGAUCCAUUUUAUGACCCCUUUUCCCAUUUAAUAUUUUUAUUUGGGUCUCACCUUGGGAGGGAAAUGCAGAUGUUUCCAUGCUGUUUGUUGAAAUGAUCAUCAGGAUUUUACGGAACGCUGCACAAUUUCUGCUAACCAGUCAAGCUAACGGUAGUGCUCCAGUGUGUUUACUGCAGACAAUAUCUGUUAAACUCCCUUUAAAUUCCAAAAUCGUGACUUUGGCGUCUUUUUAAGAGGAUGUAGAUGUAGAGGCUAGUGCACAGAGAUUCAACAGAAGCUCACAACUUCUCCACUUGCUCAAAACUUUUUGGCAGUUGUCCCUUGUGGAAGUCCUACACUUCAAAACGUGGCUGGAUUCUAUGACUCUAUGCCAUCUGAACUUCCACGGUGAUCACAAAAUGACCAAGAAUGGAGUGCAAAUCUUAAUUUUCUAAAGAUUUUCCUAAAGAAACCAGAGGAACAGUGUUGUCUGUUGCCCAACCUGGCUUCUCCCACUUUUAUUUUGUAAUAAUAUUGUAUGAAAGUCUUUUGUCUUUUUCUAUUUUUGUCCCUCCCUGUCUUGCACCUCUCUCUUUUGAACUCUUAUUUACAAAUAUCUUUUUGUACAUUGUGGUAUGAUGCAUAAGUGGAGUUGUGCAGGACUUUGUUGGUCUAGCCUAGAAGAAAUGUUAAAGAGAAAUGAUUUUUUUCUGAACAUUUGUAGAGUUCAUCAUCUUUCCUAUUGCUUGUGCAUAACUAUGAUAGCUGUUGUUUGACCUCAUGUAGAUCUAGUUAGUUUUCUGGGUGGUGAAAUCAAAGUAGAUGUUCAUAUGGAUUUAGGUUAUGUAAUCCUGCUUGUCUGAAGACAGAUUUUAUCCAAUGGAUUAGAUUUGGUUAGAUCUGCCUUGAUCGAUUAGGACACACAAGCAACAAUAUGUGUUUUUUGGGGAGGAGUGAGUAACAUUUACUACCAUGGGGGUGGAUUUUUUGCUGAGAUGAUGUGAUAACAGGGCAGAUAUCUUCUGUUUAAAGAGCUUUGAAUUUCAUAAAGCACCUGCAGAUAUCAUCCGUGGCAUGUUGGUAUGAAACAUUAAGAACCAGAUUUGGUUUGUGUGUGUGUUUCAGUAUUCUCACUAAUUCUCUCAUUCUGACAACAGAGUGACCUUGCAAAUUCAUUCAUUGUCCAAUUUGAAUAAAACAGGGUCAAAGUCCAUUUGAUGUAUGCCAUGCAGAAGAGGGAAGGUUUUUCUGUUCAAAAUUUGGCUUAUGUGGUUAUUCCUGAGCUGCCUAUAUUUAUCCUGCGGAGUGGCUUUUUUUGUUUGUUUUUUGCGUUCUUUCCUGUUUCCUGUAUUUUCUAAUUAAAUCAAUGCUUUAUGGGCAAGUAUGAGUUUUAGCCCGAGUCAAGAAUUGGCCGAAUAGUGCAAUGGAGAAAAUCUCAGUUUAAAAUAUUUUCCUCUCUCUCAAGUCUGACACUGUUGAUGGGGUUUUAGAUUUUCUAAGGAAGAGGGGUAUUUGUGUGAGAGAUGUUGGAAAUAGUCGUAAGGUUAAAUGCACCUGUGUCUCACAGUCUGAGGGAGAGAUAUAUUUUAUAAAUGUGGCAGCAUGACGUGUAGAAACGGCUUGUUUUACAUGCAACACAGCUUUCCCUUAUGUCUGAGACACAAAAUGUUUCUCAGCUGUGGUUUGGUUGCUAUGGUAAACAUUUUGGAAUGUAUAGCAACACACCCUAUGUGUGGGCCAGACGAGAUGACAAACUCCGCUUUUCUCUUUCAUUUCAGUUUUAUUUUUGCCCCCUGAACUUUAACAAAGUGUAACGCGAGAGACAAAAUGUGGAAACUUAGUUAAAAUAUUUUUUUCUUUGUUUUUAUCUGUCAUGUCAAAGAGUAAAAUUACUAAAGAAUCUGAGAAUCUCAAAUAAACAAAUGUAUAAGUGUGCUUCCAUUUACAAGUUUAAUUAGAAAUUAUAUUGAAAUUGUUGUGAAUGUAUUUUUCCUUUUACUAAUUUUUGGAUUCCUUUCUCCCCAUGUCAAUACAAUGAGGGUACCCAUUUGGAGCAGGUAACGUGCAGUAAGUUGAGGGUAUCUGCACAGGUGUUUGGGAUUGGAGUGUGCUCUUGGGAGGGAGUUUUUCUGUUUUUAGUUUAGUGGGUGGGGUGGAAUACAUAAUUACAGUUUGUCCUUUGUUUUUUGCACCCUUAAGCCCCCAAUGCUUACACAUGUGCACACACAAACACUCACAUACACAUUCAGGGGAUAGCAGUUAUUAUUGUCAAGGUAUAAAGCUGUUUGUUUGCCUGAGAGAAAGGAAGAAUAGAGAUCUGCCUUCCAUGGCCUCAGGGGCUCUCCCUGCUGGCCCUCUCGGCCAAUGGCAUCAUGUUUCCUCUUGCAUUUGUGUUGACAAGAGCUCUCCAGUGCACUUUGCAUGCGUCUGGGGUAGAGUCGAGUCUAGUUCAGUCCUGGCUGUCCACUCCCUUAGUCCCUUAUACCUGCGCUUCAAAAGGGUGCACAGACAUGGGGCUAAUGUGGGCACACAGCAUGGAUUUUUUUAUUUUAAGUAGUAUCUGUAUUUAGUACCUAGUGUGUGAUACGCUGAUAAAAAGAAAAGAAAAAUACACACUUUUUUUGUUUUUACAUUUUUUGAAAAUCCCAGGUAUUAUGGUAAUUUGCCCCUUUUCUUUCCUUAUCCAUUAAUCUUUCUCUCUUAUUUUUUUUGCCAUUUAUUUCUUUUCUUUUUGCAUUGUGAAGUGGGCAUGCCUGUUACAAAGGACAAAUGCUCUUUAUCUAUAGGAUUAUAAUCUCUUAAAUAGCUGUGUACAGUAAACUGUAAACUUCUUUUUUAAUAAAAUAUUAAAUAUGU